UUUUGUGUUUUCUCUUUGUACUUGAGUUGAUUCUUUGAAAGGUAUCGCAUCUCUUUUAUCUUGUAGCCAAUAUAAUAAACAAAACAAAACAAAUAAAUUAACAUAAAAUAGACAGUUUUUAUUUUUAUCAAACCCUUUACUUGAUUCCCAUUCAGUAAUUGCAUCUAAUUCCCUCUCUUUCUUUUACCCUAUCAUCAUCCAUUAGAGUAAGUUAGUGAGUGAGCAUCAUAUGUUAGGUCAUCAUAAACAUAUACCUAUCUUUUUUCUUUCUUUUCAGCUCUAUGAGUGAGUUUGACUUUAUUUUUAACCCUUGAUUAUUCCUAUAUCUCAUGGAUCACAACAAUUGAAAUGAAAUGAAACUAAACUAAUCAAAUUUUCAAUUUGGUUUCUCAAUUCUCAACAUCAUCAACAAUCUAUAAAAUUCAGAAAUACUAUAGCAGCAGUUCUGGCUAAUCCUUGGUGGACAAUUCAAGGAGGGUUAUCUGGUGUUGACCCAGGAACCCAUUCACCUACUGGCUUUAACAAACUUCACAACACAAACCUUACAAUCAACGAGAAUCGCGAUGAGGAAGAAGAGGACGACGAUGACAACAGAGAUGAACCGAGAGAAGGCGCGGUUGAUGUUGGAAACCGGAGACCAAGAGGAAGACCACCUGGAUCCAAGAACAGACCGAAACCUCCGAUAUUUGUAACAAGAGAUAGUCCUAAUGCUUUGAAGAGCCAUGUCAUGGAGGUUGCUGGUGGAGCCGACAUAGCAGAAAGUGUAGCGCAAUUUGCAAGGAGGCGUCAACGGGGUGUUUGUGUUCUCAGUGGAAGUGGCUCGGUGGCUAAUGUUACUCUUAGACAACCUUCAGCUCCUGGGGCUGUUGUAGCACUUCAUGGUAGGUUUGAGAUCUUGUCCUUAACGGGAACGUUUCUACCUGGUCCUGCUCCGCCAGGUUCAACUGGUCUUACAGUGUACCUGGCUGGAGGACAGGGCCAGGUAGUCGGAGGUUGUGUUGUUGGAGCUCUUGUUGCAGUUGGGCCUGUUAUGCUUAUUUCCGCUACUUUUACUAACGCGACUUAUGAGAGGCUUCCGCUAGAAGAUUCUGAUAAUGAUAAUGACAAUAACAAUGAAGGGCCUAGUUCUGCCGCCACCAUGCAAGGAGGGUUAGGUGGAUCUCCUCCGCCUGGAAUCGCUCAUCAGUUGCAAGGUGGGAUUCCAGAUCCAUCCUCUAUGCCUUUGUAUAAUUUGCCACCAAAUUUGUUGCCUAAUAAUGGAGGGCAGAUGGGACAUGAGGCCCUUGCUUGGGCUGCUGCUCAUGGAAGGCCACCUUAUUAAGUUGUGAAUUUUCCGUAAUUUGGAGAGGUAGAGAUCAUAUAUCUGAAAUGAAAUUUAGAUCUGUGAAUUUGUUAUCUUGUAUUUUGAAUGAUAGGCUUUGGAAAACGUUAGAGAGGUGCUGAAUUUAAGAAAUUGUGAAGAAGAAUGAAGCAUGCUUCUUAGUAAUAGUGAUGUGUAUAUGGAUUAUGAACUUCUUUUUCUUUUUAUUUCUCUUUUGCUUCUGUGUUUUGAAUAAAAAAUGAUGACUGUGAGUGUCUUUUUAUGUA